ACGGAGCAAAUCCUGCAGCGCGUCAAGAACAGCGGGCGUGAUCUCGCGACUGCACCCGUCGGGGCCAAAAGCGACUGCACCAGUCGAGGCCAAAAGCGACUGCACCAGUCGAGGCCAAAAGCGACUGCACCAGCCAGGGCCAAAAGCGACUGCACCAGUCGGGGCCAAAAGCGACCGAAAUGUCCAUGCUCUGCUGCCAACGGACUCGUUCCCAGUGGGUAUGUAGCGAUUGGGAGAGAAUAAUUCAUCGAGGGAGAGAAUCAUCCAUUUCGUCCUCGUCUCUCGACCCCGUCCUCCUCGUCUUCGUCAUUGGCGUCCUCGUCCUCGUCGAAGUCGAGGAGUCGGCGAAGUCGCUCGUCGCUCGUCGGAGUCGUCGUCGUCACUCGUCCUCGUCAAAGUCGGAGAAGGCGUCAUCCUCGGCGAGUCGGCGGCGGAGUCGUCCUCGUCCUCGUCGCCGUCUUCAUCCUCGUCGGAGUCGAAGUCGCUCGUCGGCGGCGUCGGCGGAGUCGUCGUCGGUCGUCGGCGGCGGAGUCAAGGCGGAGUCGCCGUCGUCGGCGUCGAAGUCGUCACUCGUCGUCGGCGUCGGAGGAGUCGGCGGAGUCGAGUCGAGGAGUCGAAGUCGGAGGCAGGUGGAGGAGGCGGCGUCGGCGGAGGAGGAGGAAGGAGGACGGGGUGGAGGAGGAGGUGAGGGAGAAGGAGGAGGAGCUGGCGGCGAGUCGGCAGGAGGAGUCGGUGGUGGAGUCGGAGUCAAGGACUCGGGACGGAGGAGGUGGAGGAGGCGGCCGCGGCGGAGGAGGUGGUCGUGGGUCGACGGCGUCUUCGUCUUCGUCUUCGUCCUCGUCAUCGUCACCGUCAUUGCUCGCCGUCGGAGGAGUCGGCGGAGGAGGAAGAGGAGUCAAGUCGAUGUUGGAGUCGAAGUCGAGGAGGAGUCGAGGUCGUCGGCGAGUCGGUGGUGGAGGCGGAGGAGUCGGCGUCUUCGUCGGCGGAGGCGGAGGAGGAGGAAGAGGAGUCGGGAGUCGGGAGUCGUCGUCCUCGUCGUCGGCGGAGUCAGAGUCAAGGAGUCGAGGAGGAGGAGUCGGCGUUGAAGUCGGAGGCAGGAGUCGAGGAGGAGUCGAGGCGGCGGAGAUGGUAGUGGAGGAGUUGGAGGUGGGGGUAGAGAAGGCGGAGUCGGAGGAGGAGGAAGGGUGGUGGUGGAGGCGUCGGCAGAGUCGGCGGAGUCGAAGUCGAAGUCGAAGUCGGAGUCGGCGAAGUCGUCGUCAGUGGACGUCAGGUCGGCGGAGGCGGAGGAAG